CUGAAUAAAGAAGUGUUGUUCCAUUCAAGUCUCGGCCUUACAUGUACUUAGAUCAGGGAAGUACAUAACAAAAGUGGCGACGAGGAUGGCUGGACCUGCGUCAGCUUGGACGUGCUGUUUUUGGAGUUUACUGCGGGUUGCGGUGCUCCUGGGGACAGACGGCGCCGACCUCCGCAUCCACAUCGUGACUUCGUGGGGAGGACGAGCGGAGUUUUCAAAAGGAGCUUGAAGGUGCUGUAUAACCAGGCGCUAUGGUGGGAGUUAUCGGCUCUGUUGGUCUUUUUGAUGAGCUUGUGGAAAAGUGGAGCUCGUACACAGAGCGGUUCGGCCAUUUCGUGGAAGCUAACGAAAUAGUGGAAGAGAAAGUGGUGCCCACGUUUUUGAGCGUUAUUGGGCCAAAGACUUUCAAUUUACUGAGAAACUUGCUUCAACCCGAUAAACCUGGUAGUAAAACGUACAGGGAAAUCGUGGAAACUCUUAAUGGACAUUUUUCACCCAAGCCCCUUGUGAUAGCAGAGAGAUUCCGAUUUCAGAGGAGAAAUCAGGAAGAGGGGGAAUCUGUCACUAUGUUCGUAGCGGCGCUGCGGAAGUUGGCUGAACAUUGUGAGUUUGGUGAUGUUUUAGAAGACACAUUAAGAGACAGAUUGGUAUGUGGACUGAGAAACGAAGCAACACAAAAGAAGUUACUCUCAGAAAGUGGACUGACAUUAAAGAAAGCCUUUGAUUUAAGCGUGGCUAUGGAAAUGGCUUCAAAGGAGGCUCAACAACUGAACAUUACGAGCAGAAUACACCAAGUGGCAAGUACCCAAAGCAAUGUUGCUGGUCCCUGUUUUAGGUGCGGUAAAACAGGGCACCUUUCCUCCACCUGCUGGUGCAAAGAAAUGAACUGUCAUCAUUGUGGGAAGAAGGGUCAUGUUGAGCGUGCCUGUCGGAAAAAAACAAGCACAGAGAAAGAUAAGGAAAUGAAUGACAAGAAGAAAUCAAAGAAAUAUGUCAAAGCGGUAGAGAGUGCCUCUACUUCCGAAGAUGAAAGUGACGUGCACACCGUGCAUGUAAUGAGCGUGUACGGGAAGUCAGGGUGUUACUGGGUCACACCAAAGUUAGAGGGUCACCCAGUCAAAAUGCAAAUAGAUACUGGAUCACAGGCAUCGCUUGUGUCUUACCAAGUCUAUAAACAGUGUUUGAGACACCUUCCAUUAAGACCAUCAGACACUGUGUUCAAAGCGUACACUGGACACAAAGUGCACAUGAAAGGAAUGACUGACAUUACUGUGCAAUGCAAGGAUCAAACUGCUAAACUUCCAGUGUAUGUCACAAAAGGGAAUUUUGCUUCCAUAAUGGGACGACUGUGGAUUAAUGCACUUCGUGUAAAUUGGCUAGAAGUUCCGCAACUGUCAGACGGUUCUUCACAACUACAAGUCAUACUGGACAAGAAUGAAGAGGUUUUCCGUGAGGAAUUGGGCAGCAUGAAGGACAUUACAGUGAAAUUGCACAUUAAACCAGGAAACAAACCUGUGUUUAUGAAGGCUAGGACAGUGCCGUAUGCUAUUCGUGACAAAGUCGAGGCUGACCUGGAUGCGUUGGUCAAAAGUGGGGUUUUGGAACCAGUCACCACCAGCGAAUGGGCGACACCAAUUGUGCCGGUUCCGAAAAAGAAUGGCGGAAUUCGCACAUGUGGCGAUUUUAAAGUGACUUUGAAUCCGGUGCUUUGUGUGGAGCAGUACCCACUUCCAUUGAUCGAUGAUUUGUUUGCAGGUCUGAGCGGUGGUCAAAAAUUCAGCAAAAUUGACCUCAACCAAGCGUAUCUGCAGAUGCAUGUGGAUGAAGAAUCACGGGAGUGGCUGACAAUUAACACGCACAAGGGACUUUUCAGAUAUUGCAGAUUACCUUUUGGCAUCACAUCUGCUCCUGCUCUGUUUCAACGGGCUAUGGAUCAAAUUUUGAGUGGAUUGCCAGGAGUACAAUGUUACUUGGAUGACAUUCUCUGCACCGGUGCCAACGACGAGGAGCAUCUUCGCAACCUGGAUGCUGUCUUAAAAAGGCUAAGGCAGUAUGGUCUUCGAGUGCGCAAGGAAAAAUGUGAAUUUUUGAGACCAUCGGUGGAGUAUCUCGGGCAUGUGAUAGACCACGAAGGACUACACAAGGCUCCAUCAAAGACAAAGGCAAUUGUGGAUGCACCCGCCCCAGAAAAUGUGAGUCAACUUAGAUCUUUUUUAGGUCUAUUGAACUAUUAUGGACGGUUUAUUCCCAAUUUGGCAUCACUUCUUAAACCAUUGCAUGAGCUGUUGUGCAAAGAUGUAAAAUGGAAAUGGACGAAUGAGUGUAACAAAGCUUUUCGAAAUGCGAAAAACGCCCUGAUUUCAUCAGAUGUUCUCACUCAUUUCAACCCUUCAUAUCCAAUACAGCUGGCAUGUGAUGCUUCACCCUAUGGGGUGGGUGCUGUCAUCUCCCAUGUGUUCCCGAACGGAGAUGAAAGACCAAUUGCUUUCGCAUCGAGAACACUUAACAAAGCAGAGUCAAACUAUGCUCAAUUGGAACGAGAAGCAUUGAGCAUUAUUUUUGGUGUGAGGAAGUUCCACCAAUAUUUGUAUGGAAGGAAGUUUACUCUGUUAACGGAUCACAGACCACUGACAACGAUUUUGGGACCUCAUGUAGGAAUCCCUUCACUGGCUGCUGCACGUCUUCAGAAGUGGGCUUUGUUGUUAUCAGCUCACUCAUACGACAUCAAGUAUCGUAAAUCUGAUUUGCAUUGCAAUGCUGAUGGACUUUCGAGGUUGCCGCUUCCUGUCACAAAACAUGAACCUACCUCAGUGGACAUAUUCUAUUUCCGAAAUGUUGAACAUGCACCAAUUUCAGCGUUGCAAGUAAAACGUGCAACUCGGAACGACCCCGACCUGUCAGUCGUCAUGGAGAUGGUAAUUAAAGGACAAACCAAGUGUGAGAACACCGCUCUCAAACCUUUUUUGGAUAGGAGGUGGGAACUUGCUGUUCAAUCGGGUUGUUUGCUGUGGGGGAGGAGAGUGACUGUGCCACAGUCAUUGCGUGCUAAAAUGCUUGCGCAACUGCAUGCAGGUCACAAUGGUAUUGUUAAAAUGAAAGAAAUGGCAAGAAGUUAUUUUUGGUGGCCAGGAUUAGAUAAACAGAUCGAAGAGACGGUAAAAAGUUGUUCAUCUUGCCAGAAGAUUCACAACAAUCCACCUGCAGCCCCACUUCAUCCUUGGGAUUUUCCUCAGGACCCUUGGCACCGCAUUCAUAUUGACUUUGCGGGGCCUUUUGAAAAUCGAAUGUUUCUGGUUGCUAUCGAUGCCCAUAGUAAGUGGCCAGAGGUAGCUAUCAUGAAAUCAACCACAUCGGAAAAGGCAAUUGAGAAGUUAGGGGAGAUGUUUAGUCGUUUCGGAGCCCCUGAACUCGUCUCAGACAAUGGCCCCCAAUUUGUGUCAAAAGAAAUGGUUGAAUUCCUGCAAGCCAAUGGGGUUCAACACAUUAAGUCGGCUCCCUAUCACCCGGCAACCAACGGCCUGGCAGAGAGGUUUGUGCAGACCCUCAAACAUGCUCUCAAAGCAUCACAAGGGCAAAGUACACUCCAUCAGAGACUACACGAAUUUCUCCUCAAAUACCGAACAUCUGUGCAUGCAACUACCAAAGUAUCGCCAGCGAGCCUCAUGUUUUCUCGAGAGAUACGAACUGGCAUGGAUCUUCUGAAACCACCAACCCUGAGUGAGAUUGUUCAAAUGGAUCAACGGAAGCAAGUCAAGUACAGAGACCUGCAUUCCAAGAACCGAGUUUUUGCACCUGGUGACUCUGUUAUGGCCCGGAGUUACCAGAGUAAGAUAAAGUGGGCCCCUGCCACCAUCAUUGCUCAAACCGGGCCUGUUUCCUAUACCGUUCAGACAGCUGAUGGUGUUUGGCGUCGCCAUGUGGAUCAAUUGUUGGGAACAUCAGACACUACUCCAGAACUGUCUAUUGAUUGUAAUGAUGCUAGCAGUGUAAUUAUACCAGAAAUGUCUAGCUUACCGGAUGUGUCAAACCCAAAAAAUCCGGCUGUAAUUGUGUCUAAUUCAACCAAUGCACAAACGGAACCUGAAACGGUAUCGGAACCUGUUUCCACAAGUAGGAAAUCGGAAGUGACUGUUGAACGUCGUUAUCCUGCACGCGACAGGCGACCGACCGCCUGACAGAUUGGAUUUAUAAGUAAUAAGUAAUGAGAGGAAAACAGGAGGUAUUUUUGUGUUUAUUUCUGGGACAUGUUAUGUAAGUGGGGAGGAGAUGUGACAUAUUUAUGUCACACUGCUGUUGCCAUAUUGUGCACUUCCUGUGGGUGUGGUAUUACAGCAUAAAAAGGAAUCUCUGUUAUGUCUCUGUGACAUAUAUGAUGAGAAGCACACUGAAUAAAGAAGUGUUGUUCCAUUCAAGUCUCGGCCUUACAUGUACUUAGAUCAGGGAAGUACAUAACAAUCAUGGAUAAGCAACAGAGGACAUGUGAUCGAUGUAGCCAUCCCCAACAAUAGCAAUACCAGGAAAAAAGAACACGAGAAACUAGAGAACUACAAAUGGCUCAAGGAAGAGCUGGAGAGAGCCUGGAAGGUGAACGCAGCAGUGGUGCCCGUGGUCAUAGGAACACAGGGGACUGUGUCCGCCACACUGGAGAAGUGGCUCCAGCAAAUACCUGGAGUAACAUCAGACAUCCCCGUCCAGAGGAGCGCAGUCCUAGGAACAGCAAAGGUACUGCGCAGGACCCUCCGCUC